AUGCCAGGAAUUUCUCUUCACAAUCCAAGAAGCCAAAGGUACGCUAAAAGAGAUUUCCUCCUUGAUAUCGAACAACAAAUCCAAAAAUUCUGGGAGGAUAAUCAUGUUACCGAGGUCAACGCUCUUGAUUUGGAUCACAAGGAAAAGUUUUUCGUUACAUUUCCAUUUCCAUACAUGAAUGGUAGGCUUGACUUGGGACAUGCCUUCUCUUUGACCAAGGCUGAAUUCCAAGCUCGUUUUCAAAGAUUGUUGGGAAAGAAUGUCUUGUUUCCAUUCGGAUUCCACUGUACUGGAACGCCAAUCACAGCCUGUGCAGAUAAAUUGAAGAGAGAAAUCGAAGACUUUGGAAAUCCUCCACAAUUCCCAGAAAAACAAGUCACCAACACGGAUAAAGAAGAACAAGUUGUAGACGAAAAUGCUGAAGUAAAGACAGGUGAAUAUCAAUGGAAUAUUAUGAGAAAGAAUGGUUUGCCAGAUGAAGAAAUUGCAAAAUUUUCUAAUGCUAAAUAUUGGUUGGAAUAUUUCCCACCUCUUGCAAAGAAGGAUCUUCAAAAGUUUGGUGUUAUGUGUGACUUUAGGCGAAGUUUCAUUACAACAGAUGUGAACCCAUAUUAUGAUUCAUUCAUUCGUUGGCAAUUCAAUCGUUUGAAAGAACAAGAUAGAAUUUGCUUUGGUAAGCGAUACAGCAUCUUCUCUCCAAAAGAUAACCAGCCAUGUUCUGAUCAUGAUAGAGCUGUGGGUGAGGGAGCAAAACCACAAGAAUUUACCAUAGUCAAAUUGUUCUUGCAGAAACCAUACCCUGCAGUUUUAAAGCAUUUGGAAGACAGAAAAGUUUAUUUGGGAGCUGCCACUCUCCGUCCAGAAACCAUGUUUGGUCAAACAAACUGUUGGCUUUUGCCUGAUAUUGAGUAUGGAGCUUUUGAAACAAAUAAUGGUGAAAUUAUUGUUUGUACUUUAAGAGCUGCCCGAAAUCUUGCUUGGCAAGCAUUGAGUCCUAAGCUCGGAAAAGUUGUUCAACAUGCCAAAUUUUUGGGUGCAGAUUUGAUGGGAGCAGCUAUUCAAGCUCCAUUGUCACCGCUCAGGACAAUUUAUGUUUUGCCAAUGAUGUCUAUUUCAGCAAGAAAGACAACUGGUGUUCUCGCCAGCGUUCCUUCUGAUGCUCCAGCUGAUUAUGCUGCACUUCAAGAUUUGAAGAAUACGCCUAAACUUAGAUCCAAGUAUGGUAUCAAGGAUGAAUAUCUUUUUGAUCCAAUUCCAAUUAUUGACAUACCAGAAUAUGGAACUUUGUGCGCACAAGCUCUAUGUGAAAAAUACAAGGUAAAAUCUCAAAAUGACAGGAUUGCCUUGAAACAAGCUGAGGAUGAAACUAAUGGAUUGAACGAAGGAGUUUUUAUCAUUGAAGGCGAGUUUAAUGGUAAGACUGUGAGAGAGGUUAAUGAUAAGAUUCGACAAACGUUGAUCGGCCAAGGAAUAGCAAUUCCAUAUGCAGAACCAGACAAUGAAGUCAUCAGUAGAUCUGGAGAUCGAUGUGUUGUAAGAUUGAUUGAGCAAUGGUAUUUGAAAUAUGGGGAUGAUGAUUGGAAGAAGAUUGUGACGGAUCAUCUCCAAACAAAGCUCCACGUUUACAAUCCUGCUACUCUUAAUGAGCUUGAAUCGACCGUUGAUUGGUUGAAAGAAUGGGGUUUCUCGCGAUCGUAUGGUAUGGGUACAAAACUUCCAUGGGAUGAACAAUUCUUGAUUGAACCUUUGAGCGACUCGACUAUUUACAUGGCUUUCCAUACUGUUGCACAUCUCUUACAAGGUGGUGUUUUGGACGGAUCUGGUGAAAGUCCACUCGGAAUUACGCCUUCACAAAUGACCGACGAAAUCUGGAGCUACAUUUUCCAUGGAAAGAAACCAUCUGCGACCAAUGGUAUCAGUCAAGAGGCCCUGAAUGCUUUGAGAAACGAAUUCCAGUACUGGUAUCCCGUUGAUGUGCAUGUCAGCGGUAGAGACUUGAUCAAGAACCACUUGACCAUGUUCCUUUAUAACCAUGCUGCUAUUUUCUCAGACCAAAUGCCAGGAUCUAUUUUCGCUAGUGGUAAUGUCAAGCUUCCAAAGAUGAGCACGCGCUCAUAUAACUUUUUAACUUUGCAAAGCGUUAUUGAUAUGUAUGGUGCUGAUGCCACUAGAUUGGUCCUAUGUGAUAGUGGUGACACUCAUGCUGACGCCAAUUUUGAACAAAACAAUGCUAACAGUGCAGUUCUUAAGCUUAAUGCAUUCGUGGAAUGGAUAAAGGAAACUCUUGAAGGACCUAUGAGAGAAGACGACUCUGAAUAUUUGUUCACUGAUAAGAUUUUCGACGCCAGAAUUAAUUUUUGUGUUGAACAAUCCAAGAAGUUCUACAAUGACAUGAUUUACAAGGAAGUUUUCAAAUCUGCUUGGGUUGACAUGCAAGACUCUCUUUCAAAGUAUAUUGAAUUUAUGAAAAGAGACUCUGAAAAGUUGCACAAGAAGCUUGUUUUGAAGUUUAUCGAAACACAAUCGAUUAUUCUUUCUCCUGUUCUUCCACAUAUUACUGAACAUAUAUGGAGAGAAUUCCUCAAGAAAGAAGGAUCCAUUGUUAAUGCCAAAUGGCCCGUAGCCCCAGAAGCUGACCAAUCUCUUUUGGCUAUUGAUGAAUAUCUCAGAAGUACACUCCACUCAUUUCGUAAAUCCUUCCAAAAGGAGUCCAAGAAUAAGAAGAGACCACUUAAGGCAUAUGUCUAUGUUGCUGAUAAGUAUUUGGAUUGGCAACUCAAGUGUUUGGAGCUUCUCUCGAAAUAUAAGGAAUCCUUUUGCGAUGAAAACGAUAAGGAAGAACAAGUCUUGAUGAAACGCAUCUCAACAGAAAUGAAAGAUUAUAUGAAAUUCAAGCCAAUGCUUUUCAUUGCUGCUAAGAGAGAUCAAUACAAGAAGGAUGGCAUCAAGGCUUUGAGCACUGAAAUGCCUUUCAAUGAAUUUGAAGUUCUCAAGGCCAAUAUCCGCCAUAUUAAGGCAUGCUUUGGAGAUGUUGAAACUGUUGAAAUUUAUAACCUCUCACAAGACUAUCCCGAUCCACUCAAGAGAGCAUUGAGAGCUCAACCACUCGAGCCUGCUUUUGGUGUUGAAUAUGAAAACCACUAG